AUGGGAGCAACCCCCUUCCACCAUUCGAUCCUCGAGGUCUGGCUACCGAAGCACUUCGAUAAGCCAACAGACAUGAGGUAUGAUGGGACCCAAAACCCCCAAGAACAUCUAACGGCCUUCGAGGUCAGGAUAAAUUUGAAAGGGGUGGGUGAUGAAGUGAGGUGUUGUGCCUUCCCUGUAACCCUAGCGGGGCCGGCAAUCCGCUGGUUCAACGCUCUCCCACAAUGCUCCAUGACGACGUUCACGGACAUCACCCGCGCCUUUCUAGCCCAGUUUACUACACGUAUUGCUAAAGCAAAGCACCCGAUCAACUUUUUGGGGGUGACACAAAGAAGCAGCGAACCGACCAGGAAAUACUUGGAUAGGUUCAAUGAUGAGUGCUUGGAGAUCGACGACCUAACUGACUCGGUGGCCAGUUUAUGCUUGAUGAAUGGGUUGCUAAAUGAAGAUUUCAGGAACCAAAAUGUAGCUCGGGAGUAUAUCAAUGACAAGGAGUUUAGCCAGAUUGUUGCAGCCAACAAGUGGCAGCCCGCCUACAACCAUGCUCGUCAGCUCGGUAACGGGAAAAGGCCCAGGGAGCACUCCAAGGAUGGAGCUCCAGCUAAAACCUUCAAGCCGUUCUCCCGGAUUGCCGACAAAGGCAUCCUGUCGAAGCCCCGACAACUCAAGAAUAGAACUAGAGGGAACAAAAACCUCUAUUGUGACUACCACAAGGGCUACGGCCACAAGACCCAAGAUUGUUUUGACCUAAAAGAUGCUCUGGAGCAGGCGAUCCGGAAAGGCAAGUUGGCAGAGUUCUCUCACCUUAUAAAGAAACCUAGGAGGCGGGAUCGUGAUCGAUCUGGCGGCCUCACCAUCAUGAACGUCGUGGUCGGGAGAGACGUGGCUCCUAGGACGAAGUUGGAAAGCAGAAAAGACGCCAAAGUUUUAGCCGUGUCAUCAUCCAGUUCCGUGCCUCCCUCCAGGAGGAUACCGUCAAUAUCAUUCGGGCCCGAGGACCAAUGGUUUAACGAUGUGCUGGAGAACCCUCCCAUGGUGAUCACGACUAGAGUUGGAUCUGGCUUAGUAAAACGAAUCCUAGUCGACACUGGAGUUUAUUCGAACAUCAUGUUCCGCAAUGUGUUUGAUGCUUUGGGCCUCCGAGACACCGAUUUGAAGACCCACCAACACGGCGUGGUCGGCUUAGGUGAUAACUUCAUCAAACCUGAAGGGAUAGUCUCCCUGCCAGUAUCCAUAGGAGGAGGACGAGGGAAGAGGUCGGUAAUGGCGGAGUUCGUGGUCUUAAGAGACUCCACGGCCUACAACCUCAUCUUGGGAAGAAAAACUAUCAAUGAGUUCGGAGUAGUGAUUUCUACAAAGCUAUUGAUGAUGAAGUUUGUUGAUGAUGAUGGGUCGGCUGGAUCCAUCAGGGGAGAUUUGGAAACGGCGGUCGCUUGUGACAACGCCAGUCUCUCCCUAAGGAAGAAGUCCAAAAAGCAUUCGGGGUCUUCCUAG